CGUAGCUCAACCAAACAUUGUCUCCUUUUUGCCCAUUUGGGAUCCAUCGUCCUCCGUUCGGAUCCGAUUGUCGCAGGAGAAACCGAAGCUCUCUCGAGGCGAAGAUCGCAAAGAUUUUGUCUUUGGGCGGAUGGAAAGCGGGCACCUCCCCAUCCGGGAGAGCCUGGCGAGCGCCAUGAGGCACGAGCGCCGAUGGCGAGCCCACUCCUCUUCCUCUCAAUCGAGCAAGGCCCCCUUGAUUAUGGGAUUCUUGUCUUGCCUCGCCUGGCUCUACGUUGCCGGCCGGUUGUGGCAGGAUGCCGAGAACAGAAUACUACUAUCCGGUCUGCUUCAGAAGAAUUCUGGCCAUGCGCCAAAGAUUCUUUCGGUGGAGGAUAAGCUGAUGAAUCUUGGAUGCAAAGAAGUUGGACGGAAGAUAGUCGAGGCUGAGAUGGACCUGACGUUGGCUAAGAGUAAGGGGUUCUUGACGCAGAAUGGGUCUUCUUCAAGGAAGAAGCUUCUUGCCGUCAUUGGAGUCUAUACUGGAUUUGGGAGUCGCCUCAAAAGGAACAUAUUUAGGGGUUCUUGGAUGCCAAGAGGUGAUGCCUUAAAGAAACUUGAGGAAAGGGGUGUGGUCAUUCGCUUUGUAAUUGGUCGGAGUGCUAAUCGGGGUGAUAGCUUGGACCGUAACAUUGAUGAUGAAAAUCGUCAGACAAAAGAUUUUUUGAUUCUUGAAAGCCAUGAGGAAGAUGCUGAAGAGAUGCCCAAAAAAGCUAAAUUCUUCUUCAGUGCAGCAGUAGAAACAUGGGAUGCAGAGUUUUAUGUUAAAGUUGAUGACAGUAUCAACCUUGACCUGGAUGGGUUAAUUGAGAUUCUAGAAAGCCAUCGUGCUCGCAAGAGUGUGUAUAUGGGCUGCAUGAAGUCUGGAGCUGUCAUAAGUGAAGAGGGAAAGCAGUGGUACGAACCUGAGUGGUGGAAAUUUGGAGAUGCAAAGUCGUACUUUCGUCAUGCUGCUGGUUCACUGAUUGUCCUGUCAAAAAAUUUGGCUCAGUACAUCAACAUAAACAGCGCAUCUCUGCAGACCUAUGCUCAUGAUGAUACAUCAAUUGGCUCAUGGAUGAUGGGUCUUGAUGCUACCUAUGUCGAUGAUGAUCGGCUUUGUUGCAGCAGUUCUAGACAAGAAAAGGUCUGUUCUGGGGCUUGAGGAAUUCUCUGUUGUAUGGCUUGAGGAGCAAAGAACAUGUUGAUAUUGCUGACAAGUAUUUUUUUCUUUUAAGCACAUCUUGUAUCUUACAAACUAUUGGUUGUUGGUAUAUCAUGAUGCACAGAUUUAUGAUUUACUACAGUUUGAAAUGAAUGAAAUGGACUUCGAGAACCUCCUCCAAUUAGAGGAAUAUGAGAAUACCGAAUCCAUGGUGACAACCAAACCAGCCUUUCAUAUGGUUGAUACACAAGGAUUUUUUU